UUCCUUCACUUGUUUUCUGAAUUGUUGCUGAGUGGAUAUAGUGUAGAUUUCCCUUCCUAUCUGUAUUUUUUUUUCUCUGUCUCACAUUACUGGAAUCGAUGGAACCCAUUUCAUAGAUCUGAUUAUUCGUAGUUUCUGUUUCUUCUGUGCUCUUACCGGUUGAGAAAAGCUUGUUUUGAUCUUGUUUCAGGCUCUCAUUGUGAUUCUGGUGAUGGGUUUCUGGUUUCUUUUUCGUUUGAAGCAUCGAUCAUCUCGAAGCUGAUCUGGGUUUUACUUUGGAUCCCAUGUUCUUCAAGCUUUUCUAAGUUCAGAGCUUUGAUAAGCCCGAGGGAAAGAUCCCAAAAAGAAUUGAUUCUUUUUAUUUGAUCUGUUCUUCUUUAAUAAUAGGAAGUUAAAAGAUAAAAAUUAAAGAUUUUUCUAGUCUGCAACAUCUGAUUUCAGUUCCACGUGAAAUUCACUCUUGUCUGUCCGUGAGUUUUGCGAGCAAAAAAACUCGAGAAACAAUGUAGGAUCAGUAUCCUCCACUGAUGAAUUAGAGCUUCCCCGCUGGAGCUCUCUCUCGCUCUUGUGCUUAAAUGGUAGAUGAGAUCUAGGGUUUUUGGGAUGAUUCGAGAGCAGAGUUGGUGAUCGUUCGUCGCUCAAUGUGUGUCUCGGUUUGUUUGAAGCUGUCUUACAGAUGGGGAAAAGGGGUUGAUACUCGAUAGAGACAGGUUUGGUGGGUUUUUAAUGGAGAUGGUUUACCGUGUUGAUCGGUUUAAGGAAUGCUAGAGGGGCAAUAGUGAAAGAGAUCUUGUCUGAGGAAAGUUUUAGAUCUGAUGGGUUUUAAUCAAGAAAGCGAUCAAGAAAAUAAAACAAACACAGGGUAGAGAGUGAGAGAAACAGAAGAUUAGAAGAUUUGAAGAUGUGAAGCCAAAAUUUUCAAUUAAAGAUAAAGAAGAAGAAGAAGAUCAGAGAAGGGUAUUAUAGAUUAAAGCUCCAUUGUCCAUUUAUUAAAUUCUUAUUAUACUUCUCUGCAGCGACAUUAUCACGUUUUCAAUGGGGCCUCUUCUCCAUCAAAGGUACUUCUUGCUCUUCUAUUCUAUCUUCUUUGUCACUUCUCUUCCCUUCGCACGAUCAGGCGAUGCAGAGGCACUUUUAGCUUUAAAAUCCUCCAUUGAUCCUUCAAACUCACUUCCAUGGCCACAAGGAUCCGAUUUCUGCCAAUGGCAAGGGAUCAAACAAUGCAUGAGCGGAAGAGUCAUAAAACUCGUUGUAGAAUACUUCAACCUAAGCGGAACCCUAGACGAGAAGAGCUUAAACCAGCUCGAUCAGCUACGCGUGUUGAGCUUCAAAGCAAACUCGAUCUCCGGCGAAAUCCCCAGCCUCUCUGGUCUCGUCAGUCUCAAGUCACUCUUCCUCAACGACAACCAAUUCUCCGGUUUCUUCCCGAGCUCCAUUACAAGUCUUCACCGUGUAAAAGUCAUUGUUUUGUCCGGAAACAAAAUCUCCGGUAAGAUUCCGUCAUCAUUGCUCAAACUCCGGCGACUUUACGUUCUUUACUUACAAGACAAUCGAUUCACCGGGACAAUCCCUCCUCUGAAUCAAACUAGUCUCAGAUUUUUCAAUGUGUCAAACAAUCAACUCUCUGGUGAAAUACCCAGUACCCCUGUUCUCAUUCAAUUCAAUUCUUCAUCUUUCUCCCAUAACCUAAACCUCUGCGGCGAACAGAUAGGGAAUCCCUGCAUCAAUCAUGGCCCCCCUGCUCCUAUUAGCCCAGUUCCCUCUUCUUCUUCAAAACAUAGUCGAAGAGCGAAGCUGAUCAAGAUCAUAGCAGGAACGAUUGGUGGGUUUGUGUUGUUAUUGAUCUUCUUGUGUUUAUUAUGGAUUAUUUGCAAGAGUUGCAGAAGAAGAAGAAAGUCACGUGAGGUGAGAAGAAGCAAAGAAGUGGGCAUUGAAACAGGGGAAAGAGGAGAGCCCUCUGGUGGUGCCGCUCCCAGUGGCAGGGACAGUAAUAAUGGGAGAAAACAAGGUGGGUUUUCAUGGGAAGGAGAGGGGCUAGGGAGUUUGGUGUUCCUUGGAGCAGGGGAUCAACAAAUGACGUAUACGUUAGAGGAUCUUCUUAAGGCUUCGGCUGAGACACUUGGGAGAGGUAGUAUAGGGAGUACGUAUAAGGCUGUGAUGGAAUCUGGUUUCAUUGUGACGGUGAAGAGGUUGAAAGAUUCCAAAUAUCCGAGGAUGGAAGAGUUUCGGCGACAGAUGGACAUGAUCGGACGGCUCCGGCAUCCUAAUCUGGUCCCACUUAGGGCUUAUUUUCAGGCUAAGGAAGAGCGUCUUCUGGUCUAUGAUUACUUCCCCAAUGGCAGCUUAUUCUCCCUGAUACAUGGUUCAAGACCAUCAAGUGGUGGGAAGCCUCUUCACUGGACAUCUUGCCUCAAAAUUGCAGAGGACUUAGCAACAGGGUUGGUUUACAUCCAUCAAACUCCUGGGAUGAUGCAUGGGAACUUGAAAUCCUCCAAUGUCUUAUUAGGAUCAGAAUUUGAGUCUUGUCUCACUGACUAUGGGCUCAUGUCAUUCAGAGAUCCUGAAUCAGUUGAAGAACCAAGUACUUCUUCCCUCUUUUACAGAUCUCCUGAAUGCAGGGAUCCAUGGAAACCUUUAACCCAACAAUCUGAUGUCUACAGCUAUGGUGUCCUCCUAUUGGAACUCCUAACAGGAAAAACUCCCUUCCAAGACCUUGUACAGGAACAUGGGGCUGAAAUUCCACGGUGGGUUCGUUCAGUCCGGGAAGAGGAGACAGAAUCUGGGGAUGACCCUCCAUCAGGGAAUGAGACAUCAGAAGAGAAACUUGGGACCCUUUUAAAUAUUGCAAUGGCUUGUGUGUCACUUAAUCCUGAAAGCCGGCCGGCAAUGAGGGAUGUGUUAAGAAUGGUAAGAGAUGCAAGGGCUGAAGCUCAGGUGUCUUCAAAUAGCAGUGAUCAUUCUCCAGGGAGGUGGUCGGAUACAGUACAGAGCUUGCCAAGGGAAGAAGAACAUUUGAACAUAUGAGAGAUUACUGGAUUGGGCAGGACUGAGGUACCUGUCUAAUUCUUCUUUGUUUUUUUCAUUUUCAAUUCUUCCAAGAGCCAUUGUAGAUUGUGGUGGUGUAAAGCUUUUGGGCAGUUUCAUUGCUGUUGAAGAAGAAGAUAUGAUUAGUUUUAAUUAUUUCUGUUCUUUUUCUUAAUUUUCUCCUUUCAUCAGGGAUGGGUUUUGAUUUGGUGGUUCUGGUGGUCAAUUGUAUUCAAAAGUUGAACAAAGUAUGAAGAUGGUUCCCCUCUCUUAUCUCAAAAGGAGGGAAUCAUUUUGAAUAUUAUAAAUUUUCCUCUGCAGAAUCA